AUGGCAGAAGGAGCUGAUCAAACAUCAACUAUUUCUUCGUCUAUGAAUUAUGAUGUUAAUGAACAAUAUCUUGCUAAUUUAAUAGAAAUGGGUAUUGAUCAAGAAGUAGCUCGAAAGGUUUUAUUUUUAAAAUAUUUAUUAAAAUACGAUUUACAAGCAAAUUCAUCUAUAACUACAUCAAUUAUUAAAGAUGCUGGACGAACUGAAAUAGAAAGUGGUUCAAUUACAUGUGUUGGUUUAUUUGGUACAAAUGAACAAUUAAAUCCAAUUACAGGUCAUUUAAGAUUAAUGCAAGAUUGUUUAAAAUGUAGCGGGAAUUAA